AUGCUGCUCCCCAAGCUGCUGGCAUUGGCCGCCUCGCUGGUCCCCGCGACCCUUGCCGUUUUCGCCGACGACGCGUACCAUGUCGACUACCACUUCGCCCUGCUCGGCCAGCCCCAGCAGCAUGCCACCUUCUUCCAUCAGCCGCGCCCCGAGACCAAGGCCUCGCUGCUCUACUCCCUGUCCGACAAGCUCGUGCUCGGCGCCGUGAACCCGAAAGAUGGCUCGGCGGUGUGGAGACAGAAGCUGCCGUCCGGGUCGGGCUCUGCUGAUGGCUUCCUGAGGGCUGGCGAGAACCAGGACAUCGUCAUCAGCGCCGUGGAAGGCCAGGUUGCUGCUUGGGAUGCCGCGGACGGCAAGCUGGUCUGGACUAGCACCUUCCGUGAUGCCCCCGUGAAGGAUCUCGAGGUCCUGGAGCUUGCUGAUGCUUCCGCGGCUGCGAGCGGCGUCAAGGAUGCUAUUGUUCUGUUGGGCGGCAGCAGCUCGACUGUACGGAGAUUGGACGGUCAGACCGGUGCAGUGAAGUGGGAGUUUGAAGACAACAGCGGAGAUGCCCCGUUCCAGAUCUCGACUUCCGCUACCGCAGUCUACUCCAUCUCAUUACACUCGACUAUGCUAGGUGGCCUGAAACUGAAGAUCACCGCCAUCGACCCCCUGACCGGCCAAAAGCUUGACCAGUACACCCUCUCGUCUGACAGCGAUAUUGCAAGCACGGAUGACAUCCUGUUUGUUGGAGCCAACACCGCCUCGCCGCUGCUUGCUUGGACGGAUAAAACUUUCAAGUCGUUGAAGGUUAAUAUCAUCGGUACCAAGAGCGUCUCUACUUUCAACAUUGAGAACAGCAGUGGAGAGGAUAUCCAGAAGGUUGUGCUGCAUGCACCCCACAGCAUCAAUUCUCUGCCGCAUUUCUUGGUUCACUAUCAGACCGCGGGUAGCCAUUGGGCCGAAGUGUAUCAUGCCGAUUACAAGACUGGCUCCAUUUCAAAGGCUUACGACUUGCCGAAAUUGGCUGGUAAAGGAGCAUUUGCCACGAGCACCACGGAUGCGAACGUUUAUUUCACCCGGAUUACGCCCGAGGAAGUAUUUGUGUUUUCUUCCGCCUCCCACGGAAUCCUUGGGCGUUGGCCCCUCAAGACCCCUGUCUUUGAUGACUCUGUCUAUCCUAUUCAUGCCGUUUCCGAGGUGGCAAUUCGCGAUGGCACCGCGUCAGCCGUGAGGACUGCUGUCUAUCUGUCCAAUGGAAACUGGGAUCUGCUCCGCAAUGGCGAUCCGACGUGGUCUCGGCCAGAAGUCCUAGCCGGUGCUCUUGAAGCUGUCUGGAUUGACCUUCCCGGUGAGGAAUCCUUGGCCCAGGAGCUGGAAAUCGAAACACACCAGAACGUCCUUGAGGCGUAUGUGCACAGGCUUAAGAGGCACCUCAAGGAUUUGGAACAUCUCCCAGAAUUCCUGCAAACUCUCCCGAACCGUUUCUUGGCCCAGAAUUCUGAGUCUGAUGUCUUGGAGAAGGCGAGGCGGGAUGCCUUUGGACUGAACAAGCCUGUCGUCGUGGCAACUGAAACCGGCCGCUUUGUGGCUAUCAGCGGAGGUGAAAUUGCUUGGAAUCACGAUAUUCUGGAGCUGCCAUCGGGAAGCAAGGUUGAGGAAGUUGAGCUCAAUGUCAAUGCAAAGGGACAAAUCGCUGCCAUUUUCCCACAGCUCAGUCGACACGUUCUCCUGAACGCAACAUCCGGUCAUCUCAUUCGCAGUGUUCCCCUGCACUUGGCGCUCGAAUUAGACGCCGAUGAUGCCACUGGUACCGCAGAUGAGCCCGAGGUCACGUACAAGAUUUCGGAAGGCGAGAUCAAGGGUUUCUGGGCCGGCUCUGACUUGGCAUGGAGGUUUGCGCCCACUGCCGGAGAGCGCAUCGUUAACGUCACUCCCAGGCCAGCGAAUGAUCCUGUUGCUUCUAUUGGCAAGGUUCUUGGGGACCGAAGUGUCCUUUACAAGUACCUUAAUCCGAACUUGGCCUUAGUAACUGCAGUAGCUGAGCCUGCCGGGGUCUUGUCCGUUUACCUAUUGGACGGUGUAUCAGGCGCUAUCUUGUGGCAGGCUUCUCAUGACGGCGUCGACACGAGCCAGAGCAUUGCCAGCGCGCUCUCGGAGAACUGGCUGACAUACUCCUUCACCCUUGGCUCCCUGGAAACACCUUCAAAGGGCCACCAACUGGUUGUUGCUGAAUUCUUCGAGUCCACGCUGCCUAACGACCGUGGUCCCUUCGGCGCCGCCUCGAACUACUCUGCAAUUCGGCCCUUCGCCGGGGUGGUCGGCGAAUCCGCCAAGCCGCACGUCCUCUCGCAGACCUAUCACAUCCCAGAGCCUAUCUCGCACAUGGCUGUGACACAGACGGCGCAGGGAAUCACGUCCAAGUGGCUCCUAGUCACCCUUCCAGAAUCCAACUCGAUCGUUGGCAUCCCUCGUCAGAUCCUAGAUCCGCGACGCCCCGUUGGCCGCGAUCCAACUCCCGAGGAGGCAGCGGAGGGUCUCAUUCGUUACACUCCGGCCAUUGAGUUUAACCCGAUGCAAUAUCUAAACCACAAGCGGGAGGUCAUUGGGGUGAAGAAGGUUAUCACGAGUCCUGCGGUGUUGGAGAGCACCAGCCUGGUAUUCGCGUACGGACUGGAUGUAUUUGGGACCAGGGUGUCCCCCAGUUUCGCAUUUGAUAUUCUGGGCAAGGGGUUCAACCGCGUGCAGCUACUGACGACGGUUGCGGCGCUGUUUGUGGGCGUGCUUUUCGUGGCGCCGCUGGUGCGCAGGAAGCAGAUCAAUGCCAGGUGGCAGAUAAUGUAA